AAUAAUUAUUCCUUGAAAUUUAAAAUCUGAGAGGUGCAUUAAAUUAGUUGCCAAUGUUUAGUACGAAAGUUCAUUCAAUCAUUCGGGGAUUUUCAAGCAUUUCGUUCUAUUGUAAAAGUACACAUUCUCUUCAACUGCACCACCGACUUAAAGAUAUUUUAACGAUCGCAACACUACGAACCAAUAGCAACUGCAAGACGAAGGAAAAAACAACGACUAGUAAACAAAAACAAAGCAACGAGAAGAUACAAUUAUCAGCACCAUUUACUGUCGAAGGUACUUAUAAAAAACUGAAAAUGAUUCACGAAGAAACGAAUUUGAGAAUAAAUCAAAAAAGAAAUAAAACUUCAAUAACGUUUUCAUGGGAUAUUCAACCAGUAUCAAACAAACAAAUUAUAUCGAUAAAUAAUAAAGGAGGAAUUAAUCAGAAUCAAAUUUCAAGAAAUAAAUCUUUACAAUUUUUAAUGGGUUUGCAAGCUAAAUCAUGUACUGACAUUAGGUUGCCCCCGUUGGAAGGUACGAAAAUUAAUAAAUUAAACCCACCUAAUCGCCUGCCAUUAAAAGGUCAUGACGUCACAGAAAAUACUUGGGACAUCCGGAAUCUCGAGAACGACAAAAAUCGAUUGAUCAAUCACUCGACACUGAAAGGAGGCUAUAUAAGCAAACAGUCUACCUGUAUUGAAUCAUUUAAAUCCAAAACUCAGGUGAAGCAACGACUAUCAUCACAACUUAAUCGACAUUUAAAGGAACCUACUUUGAUAUCAAAAUUGUAUAAUAGCAUGUCUUCUCUACGACUGGACAACCGCCACGAUAUGGCUGCAAACGAUCAUGUCAGACAUCACAUUAAAAGACAACAACAAUGGAUACGCAGUGAUCAAGUUAAGAAUUGGAGUAGAUCUCCGUUAAAUCGAGUAAAGAAACAAACUUAUCCAAACAGUACUUCCUCCGGACAAAAGUCGGAUGUGAUCAGUGGAAAUUCCGACGAAUCGUUGCAUACAGCAUCAUCCUCGUCGGAGCAACAGAAUGUGAUUGACUAUGAAUAUGACGAAGAAAGGAGAGAAGCUAUUGAAAAAUGUAUGAAAUGGAUGAAUGACUUGCCUGCAAAGUUUUCGGGACUUCAUAUAUUAGAUCCAGCUAAAUCUUGAACUCGGUACAUUUCUCCAAAGGAAAUGGGCGUCAUUUUUAACCAAAAUGCGUUUGUAUUUUGAAGUGCAAUUUUGAAAUAUACUCGAGACUUCCGAAGAUUUUUGAAGUGGAACUAGACUGGUUCUAGUUUCUUGAACCGUGUUCACAAGACAGUUGGUGCUUUAUAAAGGACUGGGCUUAGCAAUCUUGAGUGCUACGCAGUUUAUAGUACAGUAUGUUUGCAGACGCAACACACAGUUCAUCGCAAGAAACUGUGAAAGAACUUUAGUGUUAGAACUUAUACGACACGCAUAUAAAUAUACCUAAGUAUAGAAGCAAGAAUACGGGACAUUUCUCCAUUGGAGACAUAUUAGUGCCAAUAUUUCAGUGUGCCAAAUCAUGUUUUUCGUUGUAUCGACAUUUCCGUCUUUCUUGUGUUUUUGUGGACUCGUUAGCCAGAAUCAUAGAAACAUGACAGUGAUUGCUAUUAAACAAAACGAAUUAAACAUUAAAAUUUCCUGAUUUUAAACAUUACUAUGUAGUGACCUGAUGGAUCUAUGCAUUUUCCUUGCGACAGUCUUUCAAACAUUGUAAAUUUGUCAUUUUAAUGGAUUUCUUUUCAUUCUGGUAUGUUGUCUUUUUGUAAUUUAAUCUUGUAGUAUUUGCAAACAAAUUUUUCGUCUCCUUUUCUUUUCACGCAACUAUAUUUUUUAAACGUUAAGAAAUAGAAAUAACCGUAUCUUACCCAGAUCUUCUUUGGAUAUGCAAAAUUUACGUUUAGCAAGGAUAGAAGUUUUCAAUUUGUUUACGUCAUGUUAGAUUUUCUAAGUUUUCCCUUCUUUUAUUUACAUAUCAUAUUAAUGUAUUACAUCUAGUAAUGGGAUUUAUUUAUUAUUUUGUUAUCGUAUUUUUCUGUGAUCAAUAACUGUGAUAUUUUUUUUUCAUUUUCAUAUCAAUUUUUUGUUAUGUAAAUAAACAAAAUUUACUUGUAAUUUCCAUUUUUCGUCCAUUUGAUAAAAUCUUAUUUAUAUGUAUAUCUGUGAUAAAAAGAAUUUAUGAAUUCUUGUAAUUGAAUAUUUUAUGUGUCAUUGACAUUUGGUAAUGCUCUAUUUGAUACUUGCUGUUAAAUAUUGUAUGCAUAAUUGAACUGGAUGAGUGGCAUUAUUAUUAUCUAUUUAUUGUUACAAAUGUACGAAUGAAGAUGAAUAUUAAAUUAUUAAAAGAAUAAAACGGA